UUUAUUCAUCAGUCACAUUCACGCUUGUUGACGCGACGUUGUUCAAGCCAGGGCUUUGCCCUGAGCCCGGGGUUGCCCUCUAUGGAGCAGCUCACCUCAAUGCCUUUAGUCUAAAUAAGGCGGGCCUUGGCCCCGGCCCGGUCAGGGUGGUCGGAGAAAAUGGUUCUGUCGAGCCAAGCUGGGGCUCAGCCCCUUCCCGCUGAGGAGGCGAAGAAGGACGAUCGUAUCCGCGUGCGGCUGCACUACGGGGGGAAGUUCGCGCAGGACGCUCCGAACCUAUGGCGUUAUGUUGGAGGCGAGGUGUUCAACGAGAGCUUCCCUCUGGAGGCCAAGUAUGCAGACGUCUGCUUGCGCUUGAAUGACAAGUUUGGUGACACCGUCUCCUUCAAGUACCUGUGUCCUGGUGAUGACCUGGAUCCUGACAACCUGGUGCAAGUCCAGGGCGAUGAUGACCUAACGGAGAUGAAGGACGAGUACGCGCACGCUGUCGGUGACACGCGUUCGCGGACCGUUCGGUUGAAAAUAUAUGUCUUCCGGGCGGUCAUUUUUGAGCGCGAGGUGCAGGACCAGGACGCUGAGCUGGAGGACGAGGAGCUGAUGGAGGAGCCGGGUGGCGACGUGUCGAUGGACGCCAGUUGCGGCGUGGAGGAGUGCGGACCAAACUGGAGCGACUGGGGCGAGCCAGACGAACCAGAGCCUGCGAUGGAGAGCAGUAUUCCGUCGGCGCAGCCAUCCAUGGACGCGGGUGUGCUUCACAGCGCAUCUGUGGCCGUGGCGUCGGCUGCAGCCACAGCUGCACUUCAAAACAUCAGCAUGAGCAUGGUCAGCGGUGCGAGCGGCCGGACAUCGGCUCGCGGCAUGGCGGCGCCUCUGUCUGCCUCAAUGACCGCUGGUGGUUCCGCGGGAGGCCACUUCGCUGGCUUCAGCAGCAGGCGCUCGUCUGCGGGCUGGCAGGCACAGGCGCUUGCCCACCAGCGGACGUUCAGCGGCACUGAGGGCAGCGGAGGGGCCGGCGGCGGCGGGCUGAGCCGGAGCGGGCGCUCUGGUUCCAUGUCUGCGGCAGUGGCAGCAGCAGUGGCGGGCGAGGGCGGGGACAUGGGUGGCGCAUACACGGGCUACCCUUACGACCCGCUCAACGUGUUUCCCGAGGGCGGGUACCACGGCGAGCAGGACGUGGUGUACGAGGAGGACGAGGAGGGCGGCGCCACCAGUGAGGCAGUGGGCGACGGGCUGGGCUACGCCUACGAUGAGCAGACGGACGGGGCGGGCUACGAGCAGGCAGGCUACGAGGACAGGGGCGGGGAUGUGGGGUCCAGCUACUGGGACCCGCCGCUGGUCUUCCCAGACGAGGUGAUGGGGCCCGGGGACGGGGUCGAGCGGCGCGGCAGCAGCCCAGAGCGGCAGCUGCGCGCGUCAGCGCCCGACUGGCACCUGCCGGCGGACUGGGUGGGUCAGGUCAGAGCGCAGCCGGCAGCAGAUGACGCGAACAGGCAGCCUGAGGGCCAGCUGGCGAAGGCGGACGCGGAGCAGCAGCAGCACCUGAAGGGGCUGCAGAACCGCGGUGUAAUGAAUUCGGGCAUUGGGUUUUACUGCGACGAGGAGCUGGAGGACCCGUAUGGCGAGCAGUAUGACAACGAAAGUGCAGCAGCGGCGGCGGCCGGCAUGGGGCUGUACGGUAUGCACCUGACAGAUGACGGCAAGAUGGGACGCGGUUACGGUGCUGCCAGUGACGGCGCUUUGCAGAUGGCACCGCGGGCCGCGGACGUGGCCGCGGACGGCGACGGCGAGCUGAGAGACCACAACGCCGGCGCCGGCGUGUUGGCUGCCUUGCGCGGCGCCGAGGCGCGUAACCGCCACAGCAGCAACGGAGGCGCGGGAGUUGGGGACGGUGGCGCGUUGAGCCGGGCAGUACUGGGCCGAUUGGCGGCCGUGGCAGAUAUGCUGCCGCGGCACAUCAGUGCGUUCGGCGAGAGCAGCCGCGACAACAGCCAAGGCGGGGCAGGGGCGGGAGCAGUGAACGGCAGCGGCCCCUUCCUGCCCUCGCGUAUCACCAUAUUUGGAGACGAUGAAUCUGUCUACGGCUUUGGCAGCGGUCCGAACAGCGGCGCGAUCGGUACUGGCAAACAGCAACAGGGCAACGGCAACAACACGGGCGGCCUGCAUCGCCUGGCGGUGCUAGGCGGUGUCGGUGGCGCGGCGCGCUGGCCGGACACAGCCGCUGGCGCAGGCGGCGGCGAGGCCGGCGACAUAGGCGGCUUUCCUGUGAACGGCAGCUUGGUGGGCGACAGCGGGCGCUGCAUCACGCAGGAGUUCGGGGCCCAGCAGCAGAGCUCGCUGCUGGACCUGGGCGACGGCGGCGAGGGCGGCAGCCAGGGCGGGCCGCAUGGCGGCGGCGACCGCGGGCGCAUGUCGCCUCUGGACCCGCUGCUGCUGCGCACUGGCGGUCUGGGUCUGGGCGGCCUGGGGCUGCUGGACGACCACCACCUGGGCGGCUCGGGCGGCGGCGCCAUGAGCCACCCGCUGAAGGGGGUGGUGAAAAAGCGGAAAAGCGAGGUCACCAUCAUGGCCAAGAUUGGCGAGGGCGCGUUUGGCGAGGUUUCUCAGGCCAUGGUGUUCCCGUACGGCAUCGUUGCGGUUAAGUGGCUCAAGCGCGAGCGCUUCGCCAAGUACUCGGAGUCUUUCCAGCGCGAGGCGGAGACGUUGGCCAAGCUCAACCACCCCAACAUCAUUCGCAUGUACGGGCUGGUCAUGGACACGCCCGCCACAGAGUCGGGUGGUAGUGGGGGCAGCGGAGGCGGCAACGGAGGCGGCAGCGGAGGUGCGGGCGGAAGCGGCGGCAACGCACCCGUACCUGCCAGCAGCGGCGCGGGCACGCCCACGGGCCUGAUCGGCGGCAUCAUCACUGAGUUUGUCCGCAACGGCAGCCUGGGGCAGUACCUGCGCUCGCUCAACGGCCGGCGGCUGUCGCUACGGCAGCGCGCCAUGAUUGCGCUUCAGGCUGCUCUCGGCAUGGCCUAUCUGCACGAGCAGGCGCCGGCGGUGGUACACUUUGACCUGAAACCCGACAACCUGCUGGUGGACGGCGAGGGAGACAGCAUGGUCAUCAAGGUGGCGGACUUCGGGCUGUCCAAGCACAAGCUGAGCAGCCACGUCAGCUGCCGCGACCUGCGGGGCACGCUGCCCUACAUGGCGUACGAGCUGGUGUCCAACGCGGGCAAUAUCAGCGAAAAGGUGGACGUGUACAGCAUGGGCGUGGUGAUGUGGGAGAUGUACACGGGCGAGGUGCCGUUUGCGCACCUGAGCGCUCAGGAGAUCCUGAUGGGCCUGCUGCACGGCAGCCUGCACCUGGCCAUCCCGCCCUCGUGCGAGCCCGAAUGGCGCUCGCUGGUGGAGACGUGCAUGGACCCCAACCCCACCAACCGCCCCAGCUUCCAGGAGCUGGCGAUGCAGCUGCAGGAGAUCCUCCGGCUGGAGCGCCAGGCGUCGAACGCCAGCAGCGUAAGUGCCGCGGCUGUAGCCGCGGCAGCCGCCGCGCUAGCGGACAGCACCACCGGCACCAGCACGCAGCAGCAGCAGCAGCAGGCGCAGGCGCAACAGCAGCAACAGGGGCGCGGAGCGGGCGGAGACAGCGCCGGCACGGGCCCAAGCACAACGUCAGGUCGCGCCAUGGCGCCGCCGGCCGCUGUGCUUCCCACGCCGCAAGCGGCGGUGGCCGCUGCCGCUGCAGGCGGUGCCGCCCCAGUGCCACCGCUGCCGGUCCAGCACGCGCUGCAGCAGUGGCGCCUUCCGAUAGCGCCGAUCGUCCCGCCGGCUGCCCCGGUGGGCCCGUCUUUACCCAGCCCUGGUGCAGCCGCUGCGGUGGCUGACCAGGGGCUUGCGCCUGCGCCACAAGGACUCCUGGGCCGACAGCCGCUGCAGCUACCGCCGCACCCGCCGCCGCCGCAUGCGCCUUCGCCGCUGCUUGCUCAGCUAGCGGGCGGCUCUCAACAGCCGCACCCGCAGCAGCAGCCCUACGGCUUACCCUCGCCGCAGCUGUUCAUUCCGGCGUCGCCUACCGACCUGCAGUACGGCGGCCAUGGCACCCAGCUCCCUUCACCUGGACACCAGCCGCCGCCGGCGCCACAGCUCCUGGCACCGCAGCCGCCUCGCCUUGCUCAGCCUCCGCCGCUGCCACCACAGCCGCAGCAGCUGCAGUUCCAGCAGCAGCAGCAGCCAAUCGGGCCUAGCGCUGGCAUUGGGCUGGCGCAGCCGGGAGGCAUGUUACCGCCGAACCCAGCCUACGGGUUCCCGCUCCGCCCUGAGCCGCUGUUUCCGCCGCAGCCGCAGCACAUCGGCCUGAACGCCUUCUAUGGCAUGGGUGGCGGCGCGGGGGCAGGCCCACCCCUGGUGAGCUGGGGGGAGCGAGGCCGAGGCUGAGUUGCUGCUCAACUGGCCCGUGUCGCGCCUCGCCGACAUUUGUCUGCCGCACUUGCGCGUGCGGCGGUGGCGAUGGGCGUAGAGCAGGCAGACAUGGCGCAGUCAGAGGGCUGGAUGGUUGAAGGAUGGUCUCUGAAUGCCAAGCUUACACACUGUGGAGAAGAGGGAGCGGCAGCAACAGCCUACAGUGCUGGAGGCUGGUGACGCUGCAUGGCUGCAAGCCAGCAGCUAUAUGGCGCCUAUGCUCGCCCUGUGCAGCGGCGGUCGCAAUAGGUCAUUUGUUUGCAGGCGUCGCCUCCACCGCCAGGGCGGAGAGGUAGACACUUACGCGACCGCACAUGCAGGGAUGGGUAAGAACGACCGGUCGUCACGACAUGUGUUUCAUGCACCAGGUUCGUGAGGCGCGGCAGCAGCAACCAGCGGGUGAGCGGGAGGCGCAUUUGGGCGCACACGCUGCUAUGCGCCGCGGUGGCAAGCUGUUACGGCCUUGAUUCAAGUGUCAAGAGCAGCUGGGGUAGGAAGUGCUGGCGCUGCGGCCGCUGAGCGGUGCGGCUCGCAGUCAGCUGCAGCACAACACGGGCGGCGCCGCGGCCAUCAUGGCGCAGCGCACGCAGGAGGAAGCGGGCACAGGGCAGGCCCGGACAGGCCGCCGGCCACAGGGCAGUGGGCGUGCCUGAGCCGCGGCGAGGAAGCAGGAGAGACCUAGAGCGGGGAAGUCAGCGGAGGCAGCCGUUUCGCGGAGGUAACCUCCGGCGCCGGGCAGCCAUUGAUUUGCCACUGUCGCAUUCAUCGAGGAGCCAACACGAGGGCUGGUGGUGGGCAUCUGGAGCCCCGGCGGUGGCGCGAGGCGCAGCAAGUGCACCCGCUGCAUACAACGGUGCAUAUGCUCUGUCACACCUGUCAUGCGCGCAUGGAAAAAAUCGUAAGCGCCGACGGCGCGCUCAGGCACCGGUGCGGGGCUUGCAGUUGCUACUUUCGCCCAGGGACCGGGUGGCGAAAGUAGAUAUUUCGGGCAGCAGCUGCUGACCCGAGAGGAGAGACGGCAAAAAGCGGAAAGUGUGAAGCGGAACUAGACACGUUCGGCAGCAAGUCGACUGUUAACGAAGUGCUUGCUAGUGAAUGCGAAUGUGUCUGCCGGCGGCCGCCAUCAGCCAAGAGUAGCGUGCGAGAUGCGUGCACUCGUAAGGGAGGAUGGAGAGCGGUGUCUGAUUGCCUCACCAGACAUACCUGUUGUCUGAAAUCUCACGAUCAUUUAGUCUGUCCUCCCGAUUAUUUAGUGUGGCAUCAAUUGUAGUGUUUGAAGACUCGUCCCUUUUAUAGCGCUGAAGCACGGAAAUGGGUUGUGCGGGAAGGAAAAUGAGGAUUACGAAACUGCUGGUGGCGGCGUCAUCACCGACGGGGAAAUUACGCUUUGCUCGCGCCCUGGACGGUAGUGGCCGUCCAUCCAGGUAAAUUAGCCCGACUCGCUACUGCGUGUCUGGUGUGCGACAUGGGAGCCCGGUAGCGAGCUGCGCGGUGGUCGCCGUGCCGCAUCGGUGCUCACGGCCUGCCCCGCCGUGUGUUCGUGCUUUUUACUGCGUCGUUGGUGGUAGUGGCGGCGGACACGCAGCGGCGGUACAGAUGCGCACGAGGGGUGUUGGGUCUGUGCGCCCACGCCCUCAAUGAUUACAGGCUCUGCGCUCAUUGCAUGGCGCCAAGUGGCGGGACGAGCGAGACCUGAGUAAAACAAACACGGCGACUCCGGAAACUGCAGCACUGACAUAGGGGAGAACGCGCCUGUGGGACAUUGCUGGCGUCGGACUACCCUACUUGCGCAGACCUUUCCAGUGUGCUGACGACGGGUAGCCGUCGUAUAGCAUGUGCUGCUGUCUUGUGUGUUUUGACUUGAUUGUUUUGUGGUGUGUGUGAUUGGAGAGGGCCUGUUAUUAGGAUGCGCCCAUUCUCAGCCCGGAUGCCGGGUAGCAAGUCUUUUUGUGUUGAUGAACAUAGAGUGCGUGUGUGUGUGUGUGUGUGUGUGUGCAUGCGAAGAGGCUGUACGAGAUAUAUGGCUGGCGCGGCUGCGGCCAGGCAGCAGCAAACACCAAAAAAAUCGUGACGAUCUAUUGCGGAUGCGAGGUACACGGGAGCGGAUGCGGGACAUGCGGCUGAGGUUUGCCCAGGUAGAACGGAGCGGCCUUGUAAGGGCUAUGGUAGGGAAGCGUCACUCUUGCGAUGGCGUGUCGUGGUUUGGCAAUUUUGACCACGUGGGUGGGCUGUAACAAUUAUUCUGUCAUGUAAGACAUGUCGACG